AUGUGCAGCGAUCAGGGUCUGCCGCGGGAGGGGCUUCGCACUGAGCUGAUUUCGAGGUUGCUGAUCCAUCGCCUAACCAGCGCGCCGCGCACGGUGAACGAGUUCUCGCCCCUGUCACCCUCCUUCGCUCCCUUCAGUGGGCCCAACCAAUCCGAGCUACGUGCGGCGUGUCGGGUGUGCAACGUGGCCUGUCAGACAUUGGAUCAAGGCUACGACUUGCUACAGCGCCUACAGGUGAGCCGCAACAGUCAGGGUGCAGAUUCCACUGCAGCCCUGAAGGCACGUAGCGGAUUGGCGGCGGCCAGGAAAGUGACUCUUGAAGGCUUCACCGUGGGGAAGGGCACUGGUGCUGCGCAGUCCACCGAGACGCCCAGGAAGCGCCUGCGAUGCAAGAGCCCCGCAAGUGCGCUCUAUGGCAGGCCCCAAGAGCCGGCGGUCACCCCUCCCAAGCGGCUGCGCUGCAAGAGCCCUGCCUCGGCCAGACCUGAUCUCAAGGAGGGACUCUCUGCAGUCUGUGGUGCUGCGGUGCAGUCGUUGCUGACGCUGCGGCCUGAACAAUUGGAAGCCGAAUGUCAACGCCAGGGAUUGAGCCCGCGCCGGUCGCCACAUGCAAUGGCUUAUCGCCUGGCCACCGCGCGGCUGCAGAACCUGGGCUCGCCCUCCUCGGCGGACUCUGCGGCCCCCACGGAGAUCGUGUCACCGGACCCGAAGUGCUUCGAAACCGCCAACCCCGACGAGUGCCCGCGGAGCCUCUCAGCGCCGCAGCGCUACGCCCAAUCCGCGCCAGUCUCCCCGCAGCACUCCGAAUCCACGUGGAGCAGGGAGAUCUCAAUCGAGGACCCGAAGUGCUUCGAAACCGCCAACCCCGAUGAGUGCCCGCGGAGCCUCUCAGCGCCGCAGCGCUACGCCCAAUCCGCGCCAGUCUCCCCGCAGCACUCCGAAUCCACGUGGAGCAGGGAGAUCUCAAUCGAGGACCCGAAGUGCUUCAAAACUGCGCACGCCGACGAGUGCCCGCGGAGCCUCUCAGCGCCGCAGCGCUACGCCCAAUCCGCGCCAGACACCUCGCAGCCGCACUCCGAAUACCCGUGGAAAGUCACCAGCCAUGUGGCAGCAGUUCAUAUCAGCUGCUUAGUUCGGCUAAAAGAGACGAGCUGCAACGAAGUAGCUGACCAGCUGACGAGACCUACCGGUGACGAAGCAACCAACUGA